AUAUCCUGUGCCAGUCGUUCGUGUGGAAGUGUAGUAGACAGGUGUACUUUGGAGCGUUGGCUCAGUUUAUUUGUCAGCUUACUGUAGAAUAAUAAAGAACCGAAUUUGGAUUGAUAUGGCUUCAUUCAUUCUUGUUCUAUUCCCAUAUAUUCUGCUGCAGACAUUUGCAGCCCCAGAAUCAGUGUUCCUAGACGGGGAGAAAGCUGACAGCAUUUUGAGGAGACCCAAGCGAGCAAACACAGGACUAUUUGAGGAGUUUCUGAAGGGGAAUGUAGAGAGGGAGUGUAUGGAGGAGAAAUGUGUCCUGGAGGAGGCCAGAGAAGCCUUUGAAAAUGAUGAAAAGACAAUGGAGUUCUGGGCAAGUUAUGUUGAUGGGGACCAGUGUAAAUCAUCACCCUGUCAAAACCGAGGCACAUGUGAGGACCAGAUGGGCACAUACACCUGUAACUGUCUACCGGGCUAUGUUGGCAAAAACUGUGAAAUAGUAACUGCCAAAAUGUGUGAAGUUGAUAAUGGAGGCUGUGAGCAUUUCUGUGUUGUGAUGGAGUCGAAUGCGACAGGAUGUCGGUGUGCAUCCAGUUACAGACUCAAAGAAGAUGGAUUCACAUGUGAACCUAUAGUUAAGUUUCCAUGUGGCAAAGUCACUAAAACAGCUGUGAGAACUUUGGCCAGCGGUCCAACGAACUCUGCACAAUCUUCCAGUAAGACCAUCAAAUCCACAUCCAGCACUCCCAAACCGGACAACUUGACAACCCCUUCAAAUUCUAAACAGAAAAAAGAGAAAAUCGCCCCAUCUCAUGUUAAACUCCCUGAAUGGGCAUUUGAUGAGUACUUGAUGACUCCUGUACCAACUUUAAGUGCCCCGAAAAGCCGUAUUGUUGGUGGCAAUCCAGCUUUACCUGGAGAAAUCCCUUGGCAGGUGGCGCUGGUGGCGCGCUCAACACAGCAGGUAUUCUGUGGAGGCUCCAUUCUAAGCCAGUUAUGGGUCAUUACUGCUGCCCACUGUCUGGUAGGGCAACAGAAUGGAUCCUUCUACGUCAGAGUUGGGGAGCAUGAUGUCUCCAAGACUGAAGGCACAGAACAGAAUCUGAACGUCACCCGUUUCAUCUCACAUCCCCGUUAUGACUCCAAAGUAAGCCUCUACAAUCAUGACAUUGCCUUGUUGCAGCUGCGCAACCCCAUCCGGUUUACCCCAACUGUAUGUCCCAUCUGCCUGGGACCCAUGCUCUUCUCCAACUCACUGCUGCAGUCUGGAUCUCUUGCUACUGUCAGCGGCUGGGGCCGUCUGCGCUUUCAAGGCCGAAGUGCAAUGACCCUACAGAAGGUUGAGUUGCCUUAUGUAGCCAGAACAGUGUGUAAGGAAAGCAGCAGUGACCGAGUCACAUACUUCAUGUUCUGUGCUGGAUACUCAAAUUCUCCUAAAGACGCGUGUCAGGGGGACAGCGGAGGACCUCAUGCCAUGCGCUACCACAACACGUGGUUCCUCACAGGCAUUGUCAGUUGGGGAGAAGAAUGUGCCAAGAAAGGGAAGUACGGUGUGUACACACAGGUUGGUAACUAUUAUCGUUGGAUACAGCACGUCAUGGGUGUUACUAAAGGAGUACUGCUUAAAAAUGUGGACCUAUGAUCUAGAAUUCUCAUUUUAAAAACUCAUCUGCACACAUGGAGUAUUCAAAUCUGGACAGAAAAGAUGCACUUGUUUAAUCAUGUGAAAUAAAUACAAUUAGAUUGUUCGUAAUCUGUAACAGAUUGUAGUCAUGCUCCGCCCCCAAGUCCUGGCUGGCCAAUGAGAUUCCAUCAAUAAACCCUGUGCUGCAUUUCAUCAAUUA